UGCGCUGGUGUGUGAGCGUGCGUGCGCGCGCCCCACACGGGAACGAGCGGCGGCGCGAGGCGACAGGUCUGUGUGAGUUUUCUUCCAUCCAGGAGAGAGAAGGAGAACCGCGGGAGAAGGUCGAUGGCGGGGAGAACUUGCAAGUUUGCGCGGAUGUGAAGAGAAGCAAACCGGCUCCGUGACCAUGGCACUCGGGUAGAGAUGUCUGCUGUCUGCUUGGCUUGAAAGAAUGAGAGUCGGAGCAACCCUGCUGCACUACUUAUGGCAUCUUACGAGUAGCUAGAUAGCCAAAGGACCUCAGCUACUCACACAGACUGACUGCAGAUCUGGAGAUCCAGAUUUGGAACAAGCCCCGUUUCGUUUUUAAGUCCUGCACUGACUGAAACAGAGUAAAGUGUGUGAAAAUGAUGAAAGCAGAGAGCAAAAGCGAGAGGACUCUGAGGAGCGCCUCUCCUCACAGAAAUGCCUACAAGUCGGACUUCCACGCCAUUAAGUGCUCUUUUGAUGGGCCUAAGUCUGACAGCUCCUCUAAGUCAUAUGCUAAUGGCUCCAGUGACCCCCGGGAGGACACGAGAGGGCGACCCUUUGGCAACCGGGUGAACAAGAUAAAGAACAUUUUCCUGCAGAUGGACAGCCAACAGCAGGAGAAUCAUCAAGAGGUGAAGCCGGCUUUAAAAACGGAAACAUCUCAGGGCUCCUCACUGCCAAAAUUUCCUGUUGGCUCCCAAAAAAGUAGCAUAAGUAGCCCCACCAGUCCCACCGUCUUAGAACUGCCAAGCACAGACAGGACCCCAAAAGGGGAGGACAGUGAAAUAGACAAAGCAGCAUUGGCAGAGAAGUUCUCAGUGACCAGAAAACUCUUUGAGCGAGGGAUAAAGGAACAGCCUGCUGUAGAGAGGCCAGCCCCGGGCAGGGCCUCCGGCCGGGUGUCCCAAGGGAACGUGUGUGAAGAGAGGCGAGCAGGCAGGAGAUCCACAGGGGCUUCCGAAAAUAGCAACAACAUUAUUAAAACAGAACGGAGCCCUACAUCACCGGAUAAGAUGGUGUCAGAAGAGAGAAUUGAGGAUGAAGACUCAAAGCCUGUCAAUAGAUUAUUAAAUGCAGGUCCCAUUUCUCGACGGCUGGAGAAUUUCAUGGCAGAUAGUGAUAAUGAAGAGGUGGUUAAAGCAUCAGACAAAUCUCUAGAGAAGGCGUGUAGCCCUGCAGAAAAAUGUCCAAUGCCCACAUCUCCUGUGUGUGCAGAUAAUAACCAAGCUUUAAAUUUAAGUAACCAUUCACCAAAAUCCACCUCGCCCAAUAAUGAUUCCAAACCACUCAACUCUCCUCACAAACCCACCUCCCCAGUAACUGACUUUACUUUCAAAUCCAGCUCACCAGUGUCCCCGACACCCUACAAACCCACCUCACCUACGGCCAAAAGCAAUGUUGAGCCCUCUUCACCCGCUCCUUCCAGUCCAUUUAAACGCUCAUCUUCAUCAAGUGAAGGUUUUACCAAGUCCCGCACCAACAGUGAAGAAUCUAAACCCACCAGUCCCUCUCCUAGAGAGCAAAAGCCAUCUCCUUUCGUUAGCAGUUUUUACAACCAGGUCAAGAGCCCAGAGACGACAAAGGAUGAGUCUGGCCUGGUCUGGACUCCAUCCAAGGACAAGCUACCAGCCCAAGCCCCACCAACCUUAGAUCCUGCUGGGGUAGGGGUGGUCCGAGCAGAGCUUGUGGUGGUCCAGAAUGAGUCGUCAGAAAGUGAGAAUGACGACGACAAUGCAGAUGAUGUAUUUGAAGAGGUGAAGCUUAAACAGGAGCUCAGUGUUGAGUAUAUGAAAGGUGGCCUAACUGAAGCACUUUUAAUUCAGUCACCCCAGGGAGACCUACAGAAGGUCACAGAGGUGAAGCAGCAGGAGAGCAAUGUGUGUCAGGCACCAGAACAACAUGCAGUGGAGCAGGAAAAGGAAGAGGAGCUGACAGAAAAGGAACAUAAACAUUGUGAUGAUGGUGAGGAAGAAGAAGAGGAGGAGGAAGAAGAAGGAGAAGAAGAGGAGGAGGAGGAGGAGGAGGAAGAAGAAGAGGAGAGUGAUCAAGAGGACCAUGAUGAGUCUGGAAAAUCAUCUCCAGUGUUUUAUAGUUUUGAAAACGCUGCUUUUGUGGAUGAUAAGGAGACUGAAGCUGUUCAGAACAAGGACAAGGAGCAGGACGAGGAAGAAGGUGAGGAUGAGGAAGAUGAUCAGUCCUAUGAGGAGUAUGAUGAAAUUGUUGGUCUGUCAGAGGAUGAAGAACAAUCAUCUAGGAGGAAGAUCCGCUUCUCUACAGCACCAAUUAGGGUGUUUAGCACAUACUCAAAUGAAGACUACGACAGGCGGAAUGACGAGGUGGACCCUGUGGCAGCGUCUGCUGAGUACGAGCUGGAAAAGCGUGUGGAAAAGAUGGAUGUCUUUCCUGUGGAGAUGGAGAAAGGAGAUAAUGGGCUGGGCAUCAGCAUUAUAGGGAUGGGAGUAGGGGCUGACCAGGGCCUGGAGAAACUUGGCAUCUUUGUGAAGACUAUCACAGAGGGGGGAGCUGCAGAGAAAGAUGGCAGGAUACAAGUGAAUGACCAGAUAGUAGAAGUUGAUGGAAUCAGUUUGGUGGGAGUAACGCAGCUGUUUGCUGCUACAGUCCUCAAGAACACAAAAGGAACUGUUCACUUCCUGAUUGGGCGGGAGAAGCCAGGGACGCAGAGCGAGGUGGCACGGCUGAUCAGUGAGACUCUGGAGCAGGAGAGGCACCAGCAGCAGCAGCAGAGACUGGAGGAUCCGUAUGAACAGUCAACAGAGGAGGACGAGCACUACGAGGAGGAGGAGGGAGAGGAAGAGGGGAUCGUGAGCUCAAGUUUCGGUGGGAGGGUGAAGGAGGUGUUUGAUUUACCUGAGAGCGAGGGAAUGUUCCUGCCAUCAAAUAUGGAUGCCACUCAGCUCAGCUUCAAAUUUAAAGAGCUACAGAUCAAACACAACAUAGCUGUGUCUGAGAUAGACCAGAUCACCGAGAAGCUGAGGGAAUCUGAGAAAGCACGGACGGCAUGGGAGAAACGGGAGGCACAACUAGAGAACAACAUAGAGGAGAACUCUGAAAGAAUUGCGUACAUGGAGAAGAACUGGCUGGAUGCUCAAGCACUCUGCAAAGCCAUCAACGAGCAGCUGAACGACACUCAGAACCAGUUUGAGGCUUUGGAUAAGAAAUACGGCAAAGCCAAGAAACUGCUAAAAGAGUACCAGCAGAAAGAGUUGGACUUCAUUAAAAGGGAGGAGGACCUGAAGAAAACUCUGGAGGAGAAGGAGAGCUGGUACAAAACUCAGCUAGAUGAUCUGCAGCAAAGAGUAGCAGCCUUGGAGUCACAGAAGUCUCCAGACUCUACAGCAGAAAAUGGCAAUGCAACGACUUCUGACAAUAAAUCUGCGGACUCAUUUCCACAAGAUGCUGAUUGGGGAGAUGUAGUCCCUGAAACUGAGCUUUUGGACACCAGUGCCCAUCGGGCCAAAGGCCAGCUAGCCCAGAAGGCCAAACGCCAACCCCCAUCACGCAGCAAACUUAGAGAUGCUAUCAGUUCUCCAGCAUGUGCUCCUCAGGUUGAAGAUGAGGAGUUGCAGAGUCCUGAGGUUCCACCUCGUCAUAGGAGAGCUAUCCAGGAGAGUCUCUUUCUGCCAGUGUCCAUAUCUUAUCCAGCUAAUGGGCAGAAGGAGGAGCCUAGCACUGCCCGCACUGUGGGCUGCUCCAAAAGCAUAUUGGAGCUCCCUGCCGUUCCUACUUCCCAUAGAGCUAGUGCAGACAGCACAGAAAGCCCCAUCAUCUCCCCACCUAAAGACUCCUCCCCCUCUGGAUUUCUCAGAAACGUCAGAAAGAGAGAGUCCAAAGGAAAAAGCAAAGACGUUAAAGAUGAGGCCAGUGACAGUGCAGGAAAAUCCAAAAGACGAUUCCCAGACUUUGGGGGCCUAAGGAAGUCUGGCGGUAAAGGAAAGAAACACGACAAAGAGGCCAUGAGAGCAUCACUAGACAGCAGAGGGUCAGCGGAGCUGCUCGAAGAGUCAGGGGUGAAUGUCUCACCUUCAGAGUCCAUGGCGUCCAUCCCCACAUGCAUGCCGUUCUCCUGGUUUGGUGACAAGGAGAAAGAGAGAGAUCCUUCCUGUUCGUCUAGCAGCCUGCCCUACACUGCAACAGAGCCCAGUGAACAGCAGGAUCGCAAGAACAAGUCCAACCUCUCCUGGUCCUCUCUGUUCAGUCGAUCCUUAGAUUUGAGUUUCUCAGUGCUAGAUGAUUCGAAUCCGGGCAGUCCCAGUUCAGAUUUAGCAGGGCUAGUGGCAGAACCCAACCUGUCAGGCCGCGCGCACACUUUAACCUUCUCUUCCAAUGAGACAUUGGACGAUGAGCCUUGCACUGUGGGGAAAGACUACCAGUGGCAGAACCGCCCAGUCUCUGAGUGGACAGCUCAGCAGGUCUGCCAUUGGCUGAUGGGCAUGAACAUGGACCAGUACACUCCUGAGUUUACAGCCAAGGGUGUGGAUGGGCAACAGCUGUUGAACCUGGACAGCGAUCGACUCAAAGUGCUUGGUGUGUCUAGCCAAAGUGACCGUGCCAUGAUUAAGAAGAAACUAAAAGACAUGAAAAAAGCACAGGAGAAGCUGGAGAAACAGCGUGAGAAACGUGAGAAAGAAGCAAGGCGAAGUGGGAGACUGCCAGAAAAAACUGAUUCGGUCUGCUGAGGCUACUGUGUUUCUCUCUCUUCAUCCGUCUCCUUUCUCUCUAUCUUUGCCUCUCCUUCUUGAAGUCGUGACACACUUGUUUUAUUUUGUGUCGAGCAGGCAGCUGACGGCUCUUUGCUGUGUCAUUCCACAUCUAUGUUGGAAGAAAAUGUUAUAACAGUCAAUGAGGCACUAUAAUAAGGAACAAAUGCAGUGUAAAUAUUGUUCAGAAUCUUAAUGGACUUUUUAAAGAUACAGAUAGCUAAGCUCCUCAGAUGUGUCUUCACAUUUUGUCACACCUGCCAAGUCCUUUCAAAUUCUUCACCUUAGGCCUUAACACUAAAGGAAAGAUUAGGGCCAGUGUAUAUCUCUUCUCAAUCUCUUCCAUAUUUACACUUUUCUCUGAAUGGCCGCUACCUUGCUUAGUCUGUUAAGCACAAAAAAGUCACCCACACUAUUAUGACUGUAUCAUAAGUGUAUGUCGACAAGACUGAAACCCUUCUUAGGGUCAGAUGCAUCAGUUUUGUUACUCCUGUUGUUGAACAUCUAGGUUUAUGUGACGUGACUGGGCCAAACUAAUUUGUAUUGUAUUUUUUUUAAGCACAAACAAAACAAAAAAAAGCAUUUCUUGGCUACUUUAAGGGAAUAUGAUCAGACAGUUGAUUGGACUGCUUAUCGUUUUCGCACACAAAUACCACUAAUACUGUGGCAUGUUUAAUGCUUUAAAAACCUUUUUUUAAGAAAUGUCUCCUGUUGCCCUGUACAGACUUUUUUGCUGGAAUUUUGUACAGUUAUAGAUUGAGAGCACUAUAUUGUCUUUGAUCUGUUUUUUUAUGUACAAAUGAAAUGUUUUAUACACAUCUAUUAACUGCAUAGCUUUAAGAAAAAAAACAUAUUGAUUUUAACUUUUGUACACUUUUUCUACUGAGUAGAAUAGCUCAUAUGUUAGUCAUUUUGCAAAUUACAAAAGGAAAAAAAAGUGAAUUUUUAUAAGGUGUUGCUGCAGCUUCUCUUUUUAAAUGCACUGUUACGUUGAUAUAUUUCUUUCUGUCCCAGUUGACCAUAAACUGCUAAUCUAUACUGUAUAUCAGUGAUUCGUACCACACUAGGGCAUAGUAUCAAGCCUGCAAGGUUCAGUUGUAACUUUUGUCUGACAAAGGGAGAGUGCAAUUAGUGUGGAUGUAGAACGACCGUUACAUAUUUUCAACAUGAUUUCCGUUGUCUGUUCUCAUUCAUCCAGAAUGUUACCUGAAAUAUUGGCUAAGCCCUGUAAGAUUUCUGUCUGUAGAAAAGGGAUGAUUUUGGUUGUACAGCUACAGGACUGUCUUAUAUGAGGUCCAGAUACCCAAUCAUUGCUCUGGUACAAGUGUAUAAGCUGCACCAAUAAAUUCAUUUUCACACUGCA